AUGCCGCGGGUGGUUGCGCUCACGCCAACUGGAGCUGUCCAGGGAUCGAGUGGCGAGACCAGCUCCCCUGGGGAUGAGAACGGAUCUUUGCAGGUGGAUCAUUUGAGGUCAGGAGUUCAAGACCAGCCUGGCCAACAUGGGAAGAAAGUGAUUGAUGUGGCUGCAGGCUCCACCCACUGCCUGGCUCUGACUGAGGACAGCAAGGUCCACAACUGGAGGAGCAACGACCAGUGCCAGCACUUUGACACCUUGCGCGUGACCAAGCCAGAACCUGCAGCAUUGCCAGGACUGGAUGCCAAACACAUAGUGGGAGUUACCUGUGGGCCUGCCCAGAGCUGUGCUUGGUCAUCGUGUUCUGAGUGGUCCAUUGGCCUCCGUGUCCCUUUACGGGUGGACAUUUGCUCAGUGACUUUUGAGCAGCUGGAUCUCCUGCUGCAGCAGGUGAGUGAGGGAAUGGACGGCUCCGCGGACUGGCCGCCGCCCCAGGAGAAAGAGUGCAUGGCCGUGGCAAUGCUGAAUCUUCCACGACUUCAGGUAUUUGUGAUUUCCCUUCCUCUUGCUCCUUUUAUAAGUGUCUCAGCGAUUUGUAAGGUUUAUGUAUUUUGA